AAAAAACCCUUAAAAGAGGAAAAAGCUCACCCCCUUAAAAUGGCAGUUUGUGUCGAGGUAGUAGCAAGCACACACACACUUGUCGUCUCUCUCCCGCAACUCUUCUCGUGUUUCCGCAGUCACCAAUAAUAUUAGAUACUAAAGAGGGUGUGAUUCAAUUGGUUUCAAGAUCUGAAGAAGAAAGUGAUGGGUACUCACAUCAAUUUCAACAGCUUAGACGUAGACUCUUCAGGAGGUAAUGGGAGUGACAAUAGCCAGUCAAAGCCAUUGGGGAGGCAGUCUUCGUUAUAUUCGUUAACAUUUGAUGAGCUUCAGAGCACAUUAGGCGAGCCAGGGAAAGAGUUUGGGUCAAUGAAUAUGGAUGAGCUUCUCAAGAACAUAUGGACUGCUGAGGAAACUACGCAACCCAUCAUGACAACUACAUCCUCCAUUGCAUCCGUGCAGCAACCAAGUAGUGGCUUUGCUCCAGGAGGAGGGAGUCUUGUGCAGAGGCAAGGCUCCUUGACUUUGCCUAGAACGCUUAGUCAGAAAACUGUUGAUGAGGUCUGGAAACACUUGAUGUCCAAAGAUAGUUCUAAUGGAACUGAUGCGCCUGAGAGGCAGGAGACUUUAGGGGAAAUGACUUUAGAGGACUUCUUGCUCCGAGCUGGUGUUGUGAAAGAAGAUAGUCAACAGAACCAAAACAACUGUGUUUCUACUGGUUUGGGAUUUGGAUUUGGUCAGCCGAAUCAAAACAACAUAUCGUUCAAGGGCAACAAUAGUUCUAUGAUCUUGAAUCAAGCACCAGCAACAAUGCAGCAGCAGCAGCUUCAACCACCACAUCAGAGAUUGCCACCAACUAUUUAUCCAAAGCAAGCGAAUGUAACAUUUGCAGCGCCUGUGAGCAACAAUAAUAGUGGUUUUGCUGCUAUGGGAAGAGGAGGGGUGACUGUUGCAUCUACUUCUCCUAGUGCGGAGAACAAUGCAGCUUGGUCAUCACCAGUUCCUUAUGUGUUUGGUGGUCAGGGAAGAAGAAGCAAUACAGGAGUGGUGGAGAAGGUUGUUGAGAGAAGACAAAAGAGAAUGAUCAAGAAUCGUGAAUCAGCUGCUAGAUCAAGGGCUCGAAAGCAGGCUUACACCUUGGAACUCGAAGCCGAGAUUGAAAAUCUCAAGCAACUGAAUCAAGAUUUGCAGAGAAAGCAGGCUGAAAUUAUGAAAACACAGAAGAAUGAGGUAAACAACAACUACCCACAGCAAAAGACUCUUUACAUUUUCAGCUACUUUUUCUAAAGGAACCGUCAAAGCAGCGUCCAUGGCUGGCCAAAACGCAAUGCUUGAGAAGAACCUUAACUGGUCCAUGGUAAGAAGACAAACACAAGCAAGAAGAGCUCGGACUUGGGACUUGGAAGACAAAAAAAAAUGUAAUAGAAGAUAGAUUCUACUGUACAGGAGAGAUGCAGACAAUGUAGAAAUCUUUUGAACUGAAUCUACUUAAAAAAGAGUGAAGAGUAUGAGAGAGCGUUUCAAUAUGAAUUCAUAAAUGUUAUAUUUAUAUGUGAAACUUAAAGAUUUAACUCAGAAAGAGAGUCCAUUUA